AUGGCCGUAGCACUUCCCAUUCCAUCCCUCGACGACAGGCCUUUCGGCGUGCACCUAUGGCCACACUUCAGCAAGGUCUUCGAGCUUGUCGCAGGCUAUCCUGCCGAUGAAUUUAAGUUCGUCGUGGGGAAGACGCCAAUAUCAACGUUAAAGGAGACAUCGAUCUUCGUGGCUGAGCUUCUUCCUACUGUUUCUCGGAAAGGCAUUUUCUAUGCUAUAUGCCAUUCUGAUGGUGGCUGGACAUCUCGCCUGGUUGUUCUCUACUACGUAGAUGUAAACAAAUAUCUCGAGCUCCUCGACACCAUCUUUCUGUUUCUGAAGACGAAGCCUUUGACAUUCCUCCACUGUUACCACCACGGUGCGACUGCCGUACUAUACUACACCCAACUUAUUGGCAACACUGCCGUCUCAUGGGUUCCCAUCACCCUGAACUUGUUGGCACAUGUUGUCAUAGGGGUCACGCGGCUGCAAAUUGUUCAAUUUGCCGUUGAUCUGGGCUUUGUCUAUUUCGCAUCUUACACCUACUUUGCCUCGACUUAUUUCCCUGGCAUGCCCAACGCGGGCCACUGCGCUGGGGAGGAGUUUGCCGCAUUUGCUGGUAUCAUCGUUAUCACUUCCUACCUUGUCCUCUUCAUCUUAUUCUACUUCGCCACGUACAAAAAGAUGGAAGCCCCCAGCGCCCGCAGAACGCUCCGACACAUGUCCCAGGCAAAGGCUCCGGGGUCUCACGGCAAAGUUAGAGCUACGGGGAUUUUGGCCAGCAAUGCUUCGACCCGGUCUCGAAAGGCCUAACCGUCAAACAACAAGUGACGGUAUCAGAAAGACUAUAUGCAUAUGUGUAUACAUAUGAUUUUCGGGAAACAAGACCGCGC